AUGUACUCUGUGAAGGUGACUGGGACUUCGGGUCCGGGCGAGCCGGCCUCCAGCAAGCAGCAGGCCUUGCUCGCUGAAGACUCUGGCGUGGGUACAUCAUCUGGAGCCCUGUCGGAGGAUGUACAGGACCUUGUGCCUUUCUCUGCUGGCAACCCGAGGGUAGAGCACCUCACUGGGACUGAGGGGCGCGGACCCCGGCUCUGCAUCCUGGCUCUUCCCCAGGACAUGGGGUUUGCGGAGCUGUCCACCUUCAUGGGACCCCACUUCUCAAAGGCUUUGGAGGUCCGGUUGGUCCGGAGGGAGGGGGGCGCCAGGGCCGCCCGCCUGGUGCUGCUGCGCUUUGCAGCCCAGAAGGACGCCGACGCUUUCUUCCUGCAGCACAAUGACCGACCGUUCUGCACGCUGGAGCCGGAGCUGCUGUGCCACGCCGUGUUUGUCCGGGGCGUGGAGUGCGAGGGCCUGGCCCUGCCUGGCUGGGAAGAAUCAAUGUCUCGUCAGGGACCGCCCAAGGCCGCCACCCCUGGUGUCGCCACCCCCGGCGCCGCCGCCCUUCCCCCCGCCCCGCCGGGCGUCGCCACUGCGCCUGCGGUCGAGCUGCCCAGCUGCCCCGUCUGCUUGGAGCGUCUGGACGAGGAGAGCUCCGGCAUCGUGACCACGGUGUGCAACCACCGCUUCCACAACGACUGCCUGAGGCACUGGGGCGAUUCGUCCUGCCCCGUCUGCAGGUACUGCCAGCCCUCCGUGGCCGACACGCCCCACUGCUCCACCUGCGCCUGCACGACAGACCUGUGGAUCUGCCUGAUCUGCGGGCACGUGGGGUGUGGCCGCUACCGCGGCUCCCACGCCUCCGACCACUGGGAGGAAAGCGGGCACGGCUACGCGCUGGAGCUGGGCACGCAGCGCGUGUGGGACUACCUGGGUGACGCCUACGUGCACCGUCUGAUCCAGUCCAAGGCCGGCGGCAAGCCAGUGGAGGCGGGGGACCCCCCCGUCCUGGCGCUGUCCAAGUUUGACGCGCUGGUGGGCGAGUACAACCACCUGCUGGUCACGCAGCUGGAGAGUCAGCGCAUGCACUUUGAGGGCUUGCUGAUCCGAGCAGGGACCGAGGCGGAGGACAAGGUCUCCCAGGCCCAGGCAAAGGCGCAUGCCGCGGGUGAGGAGGCCAGGGAAGCCAAGGCGCGGGCGGGUGCAGCCCUGCAGGCACAGCAAGCAGCCGAGAGGAAGCUGGCUGCCAGCCGCCAGGAGGCUGCCCGGCUGGAGAAGGAGCGCAAGUUCUUGAAGGAGAUGUGCGAUGCUCUGGUGGACAACCAGAAGCAGUACACUGAAAGGUCUGAUGCUGGGAGGUACACUGGAGAGUAG